AUGGCAGAGUCAUCUGGUAACAAUAAAAGUGACGAGGACGUCAAGUCCAACAAGCGCAGCCAUGCCGAGUUCACCGAGAACGAUGCUUCAGACAGCUCCUCAGACGAUAACAUGGGGCCGCAGAUGCCCUCGGAAGCUCCCAAGAAGAAGCGCCGCAUCCUGCCAUAUGAGAAGCUCUAUAUCUCAGCUCUUCCCAAGUCCACUCGCUACUCCCGAUCGCUCAUGCACAAGGAGCAGCUCGCCUUUGUCACCAUGACCCCUAUCACUGAUUUCCUGAUUACAACUUCAGUAGAUGGGGUGGUCAAGUUCUGGAAGAAGGUCGCCGAAGGCAUCGAGUUCGUAAAAGAAUUCAAGGCACACCAGGGAGAAAUCCGGUCCGUGUCGUGCAGCGUAGAUGGCCGCAGCUUUGCCACGGCCGGCGUCGACAAGACGGUCAAGCUGUUCGAUGUCGUCACGUUCGACCUCCUAUCAGUUCUCCAACUCGACUUUGUCCCAAGAUGCAUCUGCUGGGUUCAUAAAAAGGGUACUUCGUUGCCCCUAUUGGCCGUCUCUGACAGCGAAGCCAAGCCCAGCAUCCGAAUCUAUGACGGCAGAGGGGAAAGCUUAGCCCUUCUACAUACCGUUACCGGGCUACAUCGGAGUCCCGUAUCACUGAUGGCCUUCAACGACCAUUAUGACUGCGUCAUAUCAGUAGAUGAUGGAGGCAUGAUCGAGUAUUGGCGUCCGUCUGGCUCUUACGAGAAGCCCGACAAUGUCUUCAAAUACAAGAGCUCUACGAACUUAUUCGAAUUCAAGAAAGCUAAGUCGGUGCCUACGUCUCUCACUUUGUCCCCAGAUGGUAGCCGGUUCGUAACCAUGUCCUUCCCUGACCGGAAGAUCCGCCUCUUCGAGUUCGCCUCGGCCAAGCUCCUCCGGACAUACGAUGAAUCCCUUCGCACCAUCGAGGAAAUGCAGCAAGCGGGAACAGCACUACAAAAGCUAGACCCUGUGGAAUUCGGUCGCCGACUUGCCCAGGAGCGCGAGAUUGAGUCACCAUCUAUGCGCGACAAGUUCAACAUCGUCUUUGAUGAGUCGGGCCACUUCCUUCUCUUUGGCUCCUACCUCGGAAUCAAGGUUCUCAACACCUACACAAAUAAGAUCGUUAAGGUAUACGGCAAAGAAGAAAACUUCCGGCCACUAAGCCUAGCUCUCUACCAGGGGCAGCCUCAGAAAAAGGGUGUCACCACCGUUGCCAUGGCAGCCUCCAACAACCCUCUUCUCCAGGAGUCCGAGACACGAGACCCAUUAUUGGUGGCGACCGGCAUCGGAAAAGUCCGUUUCUACAUGUUCACCAAUGACGAAGAAAUCAACAAGUCAUCACGAGAUGUGCAGAACGAGAAGCCCAUUGUGCUCAACCAAAAGAAGGUCGAGGAAAAGAAAAAGGAGCUGGGUACUAUGGCCAUCAUGCACACUACAUACGGCGACAUUCACAUCCGUCUGUAUCCCGAAGCGGCACCAAAGGCUGUCGAGAACUUUGUCACACACUCCAGGCGUGGGUACUACAAUAACACGAUAUUCCACCGUGUUAUCCGUAAGUUCAUGAUUCAGGGCGGAGAUCCCUUGGGUGAUGGUACUGGCGGCGAGAGUAUAUGGGGUAAGGAGUUCGAGGACGAGAUCAGUAGUUUGAAACACGACAAGCCAUACACUGUGAGUAUGGCCAAUGCCGGGCCCAACACGAACGGGAGCCAGUUCUUUAUCACAACGGAAAAGACGCCAUGGCUGGACGGUAAGCACACCAUUUUCGGGCGUGCCGUCCAAGGGUUUGAUGUGAUACACAGAAUCGAGAAUGUCAAGACGUACAAGGAGAAACCAGUAGAGGAUAUCAAAAUUAUCAAUAUCGAUAUCCUCGGGUAG